UGCUGUUCUGUCUGCUUUCCUUCCAGGAAACACAUCCUGUAGCUGGAGUAACAUAUUUGUCCCAGUGAGAGAAAGAGAGAGAGAAAGAGAGAGAGUUUAUUCUCAUGUACACCCCACGUCCCAUCACAGUUCUUCUGGGGUUUUCAUGGAUAGCCACACGUUCACACUCAGACAUGAGAAACUAGUCAGGACUUUGUAAUUUGAGACAACAGCGCUUCAAAACGAGUCAGUGACCAGGAGAGAGAGGGAAGAAAAAACAGAGACCCCAUCACGGCGAUCUUUCAGCAUUCCUCAGCAUUCCCAGCAGGGAGAAAAAAGAAUCCAGCACUCUGCGCGCAAGGAGAAAGGGGAGGUGCGGACGGACUGCAGAACAACAGAAAACUGAAAACCAUUUGGGGAAAAGUCAGAAGAAGAACGAUUUUAAAGCAAGUUUCUGUGUGUUUAUGUGAUGGCCUUGGAGGUCUACGGUUCAGCCCUACGAGCAGCUUCGGCCCCGGUCUCAGAGGAGGAGGGCUAGAGACACCCGGCGCCCCAAAACCUCUCAAAGCACAAGAAUGAGCGGUGAUGUCCUCUAGCUAAUUUCUUACAGUGCGAGAGGAGUGUGCGCGUACCCACCGGCUGGCGUUUCGGCCCUUCGGAGGCUACGCCGGACGAGGGGGACGGUGGGCGGCCCGGGUAAAGUGGGGCGUAUGGCCGUGCACAGGUUGAUAGUGGUGGCUGCAGCGGUGGCCAUGCUUUCUCUUCUUCUCAAUAACGUAGCUACGUUCAGCUCAAGCUGGGUGCUUCAGGAUCUGAAGGAUGGGCACAGGCGAAGCGUGGGACUUUGGAGAAUGUGUCCACAGGAGGAUACACAUCACCCUCAAGCAAUGACAACCUGCAAGUGGCUCAAUUGGGGAUCGGACACAGCGGGGCACCAGGAGUCACACAGCACUGUCAAACUUCAGUUCGACAUGAUGCGGGCGUGUAACCUGAUGGCUACAGUGGCUUUGACAGUGGGUCAACUGAUCUUCCUGUUUGGGUUACUUGAGAUAAGCCACAUUACCCAGGAUUCCCAAUGGUGGGAGGAAGCCAUCGCUGCCCUCUUCCAGUUAGCCAGUUUCGUGCUGGUUAUUGGUCUUGUGACGUUCUACAGGAUUGGCCCCUACACUCAUCUUUCUUACUCCUGCUAUAUAAACAUUGCUGCAUGCUUGUUCGCCACGCUAGCGGCUGCCAUGCUAAUCUGGAAUAUUCUGCAUCGCCGUGACGACUGUCUGUCGCCGCCCGUCAUUGUCAUCAGCCGAUCUUUGACCACGCCCUUCAGGCCACGACUAGACAAUGACUAUGUAGAGUCACCUUGCUGACACAACUCGUGCGCUUGAGACUCGAGACAAGCCUUUAAAAAAAUACGAGGAUUGGAUUCUUGACGUUUAUGUGAAUCUCUUCGAACUUCACACAGAGGCAGCGAUCAUGUGAUCGUGAAAGAUGACGUAAAUUUUUUCAGAGUCGGAUCGAGUGGAACACUUCUAAAACAUUGAAGUAAGACUUUGGAUGAUCAAGCUGGAUCUUGACAGUUUAUGUUCAUGAUAAAGGAAAAGCACCUAUGUAUACAUAUGUAUCUAUUAUAGAUCUAUAAAAUGUAAAACAGCAAUAUGGAUUUCAGUAGGAGUUUAUGCAUGGUUUUGAAUAUCCCAGGUUCUGACUGAAUUGUAUAUCAUCUUUUCUAAGCACACAGGGAAUCGAUAAAGUUCACUUACGUCUACAGUAAAUCUGUUAAAUACAUUAAAUGGUUUGAAAAGCCUACAAAACAAAAAGUUUAAGGUUUUUUUGCAUUGUGGCAUUAAUGUGGCACAUUUUCUUCUUCCAUCAUAUUUUCAUUACUGUAAUACAAACAAAUGUUUAAUUUGUUGUAACUUUUUGAAUUAUUCUCAAUGACACUAAUUUUAAAACAAACACUAUAAUACAAUGGUUUACUACAUAAUACUAAUGCGACCCUGGACCACAAAAGCAGUCAUAAGUCAUAAUUAAAUUAAAAUGUAUAGAUCAUCUGAAUAAAUAAGCUUUCAUUGGUGUAUAGGUUGUUAGGAUAGGACAAUAUUUGUCUAUAAUCUGACGGUGCAAUAAAAAUCGAAAUAUUAAGAAAAUCACAUUUAAAGUUGUCCAAAUAAAGUCCUUAGCAACACAUAUUACUUAUGAUAAAUAAAUGUUUAAUAUAUUUACGGUGGGAAAAUGAUCAAAUUAUUUUUACUUAAUAAAUAUCCUAACGAUUUUUUGUAAAAAAAAAAAAUUUGACCCAUACAAUCUAUUGUUGGCUAUUGCACAAAAAUGUAUAAUUUCAAUGGGUUAGGGAUAGCACCAGGCAAAUACACAAGUAUAAAUAAAGUAAAAACAAAUGCAAGCAAAUACUACCAUGAUGUACAAAAAUCUGUGUAUCCAAAUAAUGUCACAAUGCAAAAUAUCUAUAUAAUAUAUUUAAUUUUAUUAAGCAAUUGUUUUAUAUUUACAGGUUUUAUUGUGAUUCCCUCAAAUAUGGUUAAAUGCAGAUCAGGGGUCUCAUGUAUAAAAAUAUGCCAAAAUGCCAUACGCCAAAAAAUAUUAAGAUUUAUAAAACAAAGCAAUGUUCCCAUUAUAAAAAUCACAUGCAUUGUGCAUACAUGAAUCAUCCUCAGAUCCCACCCUGUUUGUUUUUUAUAGAUCAAAACCUUUGCGUGAGAACUAGCGUAUGCACAUUUCCAGCCCUGUUUUAUGCGUAUGCAUGCUUUAUAAAUGAGACCCCUGAGUGUAAAAACCAACAAAUAUUUAUUACAGAUACACAAGUCAACGCACAAAUUGCGAAGAAGUUGUUGGACUUGUGCAGAUUCUCUGCAUCCUUAAAUAUCUGGUACCAAAAUCUGUGAUUGGCUGUUUGCUCACAUGAGAUGAAUACAGUUGAGUAUAAUCUGUGACCUGCCAAUGACGAAACUCUGACUAGUAAUGUAAAAUUAUGAUCAAUUUCAGAUCAUGUCUUCCUGAUGUUUUUUAAUCAUAGACGUAUGAAAUGUCCGAACUAUGUAAGUUAAUUUUUAGACACAGAAUUUGCUAACCUAUGCCUGUGGUACCCAUAUAUAAGUUUAUAAUACAGAGUUAUAUUAAGUAUGUUAUUAAAAUCACAUUUCACUCUUAGCAGGACUGAUAUAAUAAUAAUGUUAAUGUAAUAAAAAAACAUAAAGCCAUUGAA